CCCAGCCGGAGCCGGUGACUCACAGCCCCUGUCCCAUGGCCGAGUCUCCCCGCCGCGCCGCGGGCCGGCGACUGCAGCUGCCCCUGCUGUGCCUCUUCCUCCAGGGCGUCACCGCCAUCCUCUUUGCGGUCUUUGUCCGCUACAACCACGAAACCGACGCAGCCCUCUGGCACCGGGGCAACCACAGUAACGCGGACAAUGAAUUUUACUUUCGCUACCCAAGCUUUCAGGACGUGCAUGCCAUGGUCUUCGUGGGAUUUGGCUUCCUCAUGGCCUUCCUGCAGCGUUAUGGCUUCAGCAGCGUGGGCUUCACCUUCCUCCUGGCCGCCUUUGCCCUGCAGUGGUCCACACUGGUCCAGGGCUUCCUCCACUCCUUCCACGGUGGCCACAUCCAUGUUGGUGUGGAGAGCAUGAUCAACGCCGACUUCUGCGCCGGGGCAGUGCUUAUCUCCUUUGGUGCCGUACUGGGCAAGACUGGGCCUGCACAGCUGCUGCUCAUGGCCCUGCUGGAGGUGGUGCUGUUUGGCAUCAACGAGUUUGUGCUCCUCAGCCUCCUGGGGGUGAGAGAUGCAGGAGGCUCCAUGACUAUCCACACGUUUGGUGCCUACUUUGGGCUGGUCCUCUCAAGGGUCCUCUACAGGCCCCGGCUGGAGAAGAGCAAGCACCGCCUGGGCUCAGUCUACCAUUCAGACCUCUUCGCAAUGAUUGGGACCAUCUUCCUGUGGAUCUUCUGGCCCAGCUUCAACUCUGCUCCCACGAUGCUGGGGGAUGGGCAGCAUCGGACAGCCCUCAACACGUACUACUCCCUGACUGCGAGCACCCUCAGCACCUUCGCCUUGUCAGCCCUCAUCGGGGUGGAUGGGCAGCUCAACAUGGUCCACAUCCAGAAUGCAGCACUGGCUGGAGGGGUUGUGGUGGGGACAUCAGGUGAAAUGAUGCUGACACCCUUUGGGGCUCUGGCAGCUGGCUUCUUGGCUGGGACUGUCUCCACGCUGGGGUACAAGUUCUUCACGCCCAUCCUUGAAUCAAAAUUCAAAGUCCAAGACACAUGUGGUGUCCACAACCUCCAUGGGAUGCCAGGGGUCCUGGGGGCCCUCCUGGGGGUCCUUGUGGCUGGGCUGGCCACCCAUGAAGCUUACGGAGAUGGCCUGGAGGGUGUGUUUCCACUCAUAGCUGAGGGCCAGCGCAGCACCACAUCUCAGGCCAUAUACCAGCUCUUUGGGCUGUUUGUCACUCUGAUGUUUGCCUCUGUGGGCGGGGGCCUUGGAGGGCUCCUGCUGAGGCUGUCCUUCCUGGACUCCCCCCAAGACUCCCAGUGCUAUGAGGACCAGAUUUACUGGGAGAUGCCUGGGGUGCAUGAGGAUGAGGCUCAGGGACCUCUGAAGGUGGAAGAACCAGACACUCAGGCCUAACCUGCUCCAGUUCCUGACAGGACGCUCUCUUUUGAGGAGACAAUGAUUGGCUACUAUUGGGAAGUUCUUCUUUUCUAGCUUCCAUCCCUGCUGCUGCAAGAAAGGAGUUAUGAACCAGAAGUCACCUCCUUCCCAUUGGCAGUGUCUCCAUAGGGAGGGGGCAGUAGAAGGCCGGGAGAUGGUGGAGGGGUGGGGCUGUAACUGGGUGUGGUGGGGGAGAACCUCACCAGCAGCUCCACCCCACUGCCUUACCAGCCUGCAUGCGUGGGCAGAAAGGGGCCAACUGAGGCACACAAGAGACUGCUGAUCCUCUGGCCCUGUAUCACACAGUUCCAGUGAAGCCCGAGCCAGGCCACCCUCUCUCAGGGUGAUAAAUACUACUGUCACUAAGGA